AUGCGUAGCCUUUUGAAGGCAUUCUUACUUGCGCCGGCCAUAGUGUCAGCGCUUGUUUUACCACCAACUUCAGAACAAGAUAUUGAUGUCGAGUUCGAAAAGAAUGAUGUUGAUACUACUGAAGCUUAUACCAUGGGAUUCGUUCGACUUGAUCUUGGACAUGAUUCCUCAUCAGCUGAUGUCUCCCCUCUAGACUUUCGAGUUGAUAUCCUUCAUUCCACAGAAGCAUGCGGCUUCGGAAAUGUUUUAAUCGAUAGUCAACCUCUUUCACAAACAUUCGACUCGGAAACUUCAAUCUCAUCUGGAAAAGGUUCCAUUUCGACAUCAACAAAUAAAAUCGUAGUGGGAUCAUGGUCUUUCGAUUGUAUCGUUAUCGAUGGUAAACCACGUGGGCAACUUAUGAAGUUUAUGAUUGAUUUUGUUGAUGGAAAGGCAAUUGAGAAUUCAGGAUUCUCUGUUUUGUUCAGACAGACUGAAGAGACAGAGAUUAUGAAUAUCGAAACAAUUUCCUCGGAAGAAGAUCAAGUUAUCGAGCAUCACUCAUCAUCGAAUAAGCAAAAUCAUAAUGGAAAGGGUCCAGAGGAAGAACAUAAGCACCAUAUGGACAAGGGAUCUGAAGAGGAACACAAACAUCAUAUGAGCGAGGGCCCUGAAGGAGAACACAGGCACCCCAUGGGUAACGGUCCAGAGAGAGAGCAUAAACACCACAUGGCCCACAAAGAGUUCAACGUUCACAAAGAAUUGGCCGAGCUUAGAUAUAUGAAAGCUCAAAUGAAAGAGUUGAAAUAUCUCAUCCAUAAAAAGAAACAUCACAUCUCAAAACACGCUCGAGAACAUCAUAAUCUUGAUGACAGAAUCAGAGACUGCGAUAGUCUUCGAUGCGUCGCUGGAGUUAUUAGCGAGAACGCUCGUAAAUUCUACGGCAGAAUUGCUGGUGAUGAGUUUGAUGAAGAAUCAUUCCAUCAUUCUCGCGAAUCACAUUCAAAGAAGGAUAAGAAACACGGUAAAGGAUUCCAUGGGAAACCAGGUAAUCAUACAUCCGGAAACCAUACCUCUCCACACGUACCUCACGGCAAGAACAACCAUACCACUCCACACUUCCCUCCUCAUCGACACCAUAUUCUUCCAAUUUGUCGUUGUCCUCCUCCUUUUGAUUUUCAUCCUCAUGGUCCUCAUUACGACGGACCACAUGGACCACCAAAUGGACCACCACACGAACCUCCCCAUGGACCUCCUCCACAUGAAUUCGGUCCUCAUGGAUUCGAACAUGGAAGACACCAUGAAAUGCGUCCUUUCCAUGAUGAUGAAGAGGAACAUGGGCCUUGGGAAGGACGACCCAGACAUCAUGGAGAUGAAUCAGAAGAAUUAGAAAAACCUCACAAAGGUCAUGACAACUUUGAAGAUGAAUCCGAAGGACCUCAUGGAAAACAUACUCAACCACAUCACGAGCAAGGCCCACCAUCAUUUGAUGGCCCAGAUUUCGAUCAUCCUGAAGAAGAUCAUCAUGGUGAACAUCCACAUGAAGGACCAUUUGACGGCCCAGAACAUGAAGAACAACACCACCCACACGACGAAGAACCUCACCACGGCCCACCUCACAGCGGUCCUCACGAGGACCAAGAACCCCCCUUCCACCCCGGCCCCCCAAGCUCUCACCCUCCACCACCACCACCCCACUCCGAACCCGAGCACUUCUCCGGCCCUCCCCACCGCCUCGAAGAUGAUUUCUCCGGCCCCCCUCCCCACGGCCCACCCCACUUCCCCCUCCACAUCCUCAAAUUCGCCAUCAUCGGCUUCCUCCUCUCCCUCCUCCUCAUCACCCUCUACCGCCGCACCCGCGCCCGCAAUUCCAAGUCUAAAUCCCACUCUACCCGCCAUCGCCACCACGCCAGUUUCAGAAACUGCUGGAACCGCCUGCUAGGCCAAGAAGAAGAUUUCGAAGAAAAAGAUCGCUUGCUCUCCGACAACUCAGAUUCCAAUUCCGAUUUCGAUUCCGACUGUGAAAGCGAAAGCGAAAACACCGCCUCUGAAUACUCCUUCCGCCAAGAUCUCUCCUCCUUCCGCAAUGCGGCAAAUGUUGUGAGUGACAUGGUAGCAGCGGAGGAAGGACGAGUUGUUUUUUCUGCGCCUGCGCAUUAUAUUUCUCCUUCGAUUCCCAUUCCCGUUCCCGUUCAUCAGCAAAGCGCAUCUGAAGAUCAGAUUCGUCGUUUUGAUGGGUAUCAUAUGCAUGGAGUUGGGAUUGGAAUGGAUGAUGAGCAUGAGGAUGUUGAUGAGGUAUUGCCAGCGUAUGAAGACAAUGAUGGGAGUGAGGAGAGUGGAAGUGUGGCGGAUGGAUUUAGAUAUACGCCUGGCAGUAGCGCGUAUAGUCCGAGUCAUUCGGCGAGUGGGAGUGUGAGUGAUGUUUUGGGGGAUAAGGUUUAG